CUUUGACGGCGUAAAUUGUCAAUGUGCCAAGGUGGUAGCCUGAAAGUCUCCCUCCCUCCCUCUCUCUCUCUCUCUCUCUCUCUCUCUCUCUCUCCGCCCUGUAGGACGCUUCCGGUCGAUCUCUGGAACUGGCAAUCAUUAGCAUCCGGCAGUAGGUUAUGCGAGAGGCAUAGUUGGAAAAGUUCAUUCAUCACUGAGAAGCUGAGAUGCAGAAGUUGGGUGAUUUCAAAUUUCCGCCGUUCUUCAGCUACCCGCCAUACUUCACCUUGCAGCCUGUAAGGGACACGAGACAGAAGCAAGUGGAGCUCUGGAAGGAACUGAUUACUGAUUACUGUAAGCAUCAGAAGAUCUUCGUGAUUGGCCUGGAGGAAGAGUUUCCGCUCUUUUCAAAUCCAAUAAUUGAGAGAAGCCUUACCUAUGAAGCAAAGGAAGUUUUUCUUUCAGCAUUGGUUUCAGAAGGGAGAGCAGAAUGGAUGGAUAAAUCACAUAGGAAAUGCUUGAUUCUUUGGCAUCGGAUUCAGGAAUGGGCUGACAUAAUAUUGCACUUUGUGAGGGAUUAUGGGUUUGGAGACACUGUGCUAACUGUUGAAGAAAUACGAUCAGGGAUCGAAUCAAGAGGCACAGAGCUUGCUGGAAUUGAUCGAACCAUACUUAUGCGUGCUUUAAAACUGCUAGAGCAGAAGGGCAAAGCUACUAUUUUCAAGGGCACGUCAGCUGAUGAUGAAGGUGUAAAAUUCUCAGUGUGAUCUUGUCGUUUCAAACACCUAGUGUUUUAUUGCCUGAUCGAUUGUAUCAACUGUUCUGUCGCCAUGUCAUUCAAAUUUAGCAUUAUCUUUUGCGAUUCCCAAUUUUCUUGGGACAACUUUGCAGAGAAUAGUAAGGUGUGUCAUAUUUGCAGUAUAUAUAUAAAUAUAUAUAGUCCUUGGAGCCAGCCUCCAAUGUUUGCUUUUCA